AUUUGCUGCGGCGGGCGCGUGCGAGCUGCCCGGGCAGGCGGGGCUGGGGAGCGGAGCCGGCGACUACGGCGGCGGAGCGGCUGAGACAGAUCCAGAGCAGAGACUGGGCAGAUCAGCUGUUCCUUGGAUCUUGGCCUUCUGUAACAGGGGGUCCUAACAGAUAAGGAGGACCAGGAGCAAAAUCUACCACAGCUGGCGGCUUCACCCUCCUGCCUGCCUCUUCCUGUAGCAAACUGCUUGAUGCUGCCUACUUUGGAAGAGCACAGCCUGCCGGGUACGGCUCGUGUGCCUUGACAGAUCGGCUUUGUGAUGCAGAGCGAUCCUGCGGAAGGCUUAAAGCCUGCAGCUAUCUGCUGUGGUCCAUCAGUCUGGGAAAGAUGUCAACAGACCGGGGUUACUGGAACAACCUGACAACCCUGCAGAAAAUCGCUCUGGUCCUGGGGAUCCCAGCCAGUGCAACUGUCAUGUACAUCUUGUACCGCAGGUACAGAGAAAGCCGAGAGGAGCGGCUGACGUUUGUAGGAGAGGAUGACAUUGAAAUUGAGAUGAAGAUCCCCCAGGAGGCUGUGAAAUUGAUCAUCGGACGACAGGGCGCCAGUAUCAAACAGCUAAGGAAGGAGACUGGUGCUCGCAUUGAUGUGGAAGCGGAGGACUCCGGUGCGGAGCGGGUGCUGCUGAUCAGUGGCUUCCCCGUCCAGGUGUGCCGAGCGAAAGCUGCUAUUCACCAGAUCCUGGUGGACAACGCCCCCGUGUCGGAGCAGUUCGCUGUGCCGCAGAGAGCCGUGGGCAGGAUUAUCGGCAGGGGUGGCGAGACGGUGCGAGCCAUCUGCCGCAGCUCGGGGGCCAGAGUGGUCUGCGAGAAGGAGACGGACAACGCCCUGUGUCUGACCCGGCUCAUCAGCCUCUCGGGGAGCCGCAAGGAGGUGAAUGCUGCCAAGCAACUGAUCCUGGAAAAGCUUUCGGAGGACGACGCCUUUCGAAAGAAACUGGCCCUGUCGGCGGCGGCCCGGUGCCUGCGCAAGCAGCCCCUGGGCGUGAGGGGAGAGGAUCCCGGGCAGCAGGAGGAGCUGCCACGCCCCAACGGCGAGGCCCUCUGCCAGCUGGCGAGCCCUCCGCAAGGGGCAGGGGAUGGAGGCCGCCUGCUGGCUGCAGAAGCCCCGGACCAACCACAGGAGCUCAGAGCCGAGAGCGAGUCCCCGGAGGAGCUGGUGAUGGAGCCCAGCCAGGCGGUGCCCAUGUUCGAGGUCCCCAGCCCCGACUUCAGCUUCCACGCGGACGAACACCUGGAGGUUUAUGUCUCGGCCUCGGAGAACCCCAGCCACUUCUGGAUCCAGAUCGUCGGCUCCCGCAGCCUGCAGCUCGACAAGCUGACCUGCGAGAUGUCCCAGUACUACGGGAGCAGCAGCCAGUCGCCCGAAUUCCCCAACGUCCGCGUAGGCGACAUCGUGGCUGCCCCGUAUGCCGAUCACGGCUCCUGGUACCGGGCCCGAGUCCUGGGCACCCUGGAGAACGGCAACUUGGAUCUGUAUUACGUCGACUUUGGGGAUAACGGGGAAGCCCCCCUAGAAGCACUGCGAGCCUUGCGGAGCGACUUCCUGAGUCUGCCCUUCCAGGCCAUCGAGUGCAGCCUUGCUGGGAUUGCCCCCGCAGGGGAGCAGUGGGAAGAGGACGCCCUGGACGAGUUCGAUCGCCUCACGUGUUGUGCCGAGUGGAAGCCCCUGCUGGCGAAGAUUUCCAGUUACGUCCAGUCUGGGGCCUGUACCUGGCCGCGCAUCCAGCUGUACGACACCAGCCACGGACCGAGCCUCGAUAUAGGGGAGGAGCUGGUCCGGCUGGGUCAUGCUGUGCGGUGCCCGGGAGAGGAGGAUGGCGCUGCGGGGGACGGCGCCCCCCAGCUGGGGGCGGGGGCCACGGCUGAGGCGUUCCAGAAGAUGCUGGGGAAUGCUGCAGGGACCUCCCUCGAGAGCCUCCUGUCAGAGACCUGCGUCAGCCUUUCAGAUGACUCCAUUGAGCAGCUCCGAAGUGACACCGAGCCCACAGAACCACCCUCCCAGAAGACUGUCAUACCCUCACUCUGGUCCCUACGGAUCUCGGCUCCCUCCUGCCCUCUGGGGGACUCCAAGGCUCUCGCCUUGCCAGCUGGCGGUGACCAGCAGAAUGGCUCAGGGGGCUGCAGCAGCGAGGGGGCAUCGGAGGCUGGGGGGUUUCUGCUGGCCACCAGGAGCCAUGCAGCAGAUGCCAAGUGGACAUCCAGUCCUGCUGAUUGCACGCAUCCCGCAGCCUGCUCGGGAGAGGCCUCUCCCAUCUCCCUCUCAAGCAAAGGCUCCAGCACCUCAGACGCCAGCUUCCCUACCCCCCUGGCCUCUGGGGACAGCAGCUGCUACUCCCCCCGGGGCUACUUCUAUUACCUCUCCACGUCAGAAGAGUGGUCCACCUCCUCGGUCUUCUGCAGCAGCUCCGGCUCUGCCAGCGAUUCCCUCCAAAGCCCCGUCCUCAUCAGCUCCUCUGGCAGCGAGGGAGAGGAGGAGGAAGGGGGCCUGAGGGCCUGGAGGAGAGAAGCCGCGUCUGUGUCUGGAAGCGGCGACGACGUUAUGCUGGUCGAAGACGAUUCGCUGUGACCCCUUCCCCGAGCGGCAGCGAGCUGGAGGCGUCGCAGAGGGGGCGAGGUUGGUGCCUGGAUUGAGACGACCAUGAGGACUCCCCGACGGGGGCGGGGGAAUAAAAUACUGCGGGAAGGUGGAAGGAGAGACCACGGCCAUUGGGGACCCACCCUUUCUCCGGGUCCAGAAACGACGGGUUUGCAUCGUAACCUCGUCUGUGGGCGUGUGUGUUUGGGGCGGGGGCUGCACCGCGUCGAGUGCACGUUGCUGGCUCCUUGCAGCAGGGACUUGAUGCCGGCUGUUGCGUGACUGCCCUUCUUGGGGGCUCUCUGGGGUGGGGAGUGGGUGUUUUCAGUGCAUUUGGAGGGUGCUGAUCAUAGAGAUUCUGAGGCUAACUGCCAGCGUCUGUUGAGUCGGACGCCAGGGUUCCAGCUGUGCGGUUCUGUGGCGCUCCCAAGGGAUCACUGUCUGCCGGGGGUAGCUGUCCUGCAGUCCCCUUCUUCCCCUGACUGGAGGGAGAUCCCCAUUCACUCUCCUGCGGGCCAUUCAGCUCAGUUGCGCUCGCUCUGCCGUGAGUCAGUUUUGGUUUAAAUCUCGGAGCAAGGCGCCUGCACCAAAGACUCCACUCUGCCGUCCUUCCCGCUGCAGGGGCGAGGGAGACACCGGCACGCUGAUGUGACUGGCUGAGCUUUUUCUGCGGCAGAAACGGGGCCGGAGGACGGUUGUGACGCCCCCCUCCCAAGGCCGCCCCCAGCUUUGACAGCACUUGCUUUACUAAAAUAAGUUUUAUGUUCAAAAAGGAGAGAGAAUCCUCUUAGGCUGCGAACGUUGGAGCUGCGUUUUUGUUUCCAUAAACGCAGACCGAGCUGGUCCUUUUUUUGUGGCUGAAUCUGCUUCGUGCAGAACUGCCCCAGCAUCUAGCAUUAGUAGAGAGUUUUGAAGGGGGCGGUUUCUGGAGCACGCUGUGUGGACUUACUGCUCUUCAACCUUGGCGAUGACGGGAGCCGAGUUAGGCCAGCGUCGGGGGCUUUUGCCGAUCUCUGCCUCUUAUUGUCUCCUUUGCCGCGUAAAGGAGCGGUCUGGGCAGAGUGUGUUGAGCCUGCUGCCGGCUGGAGAGUACCUAGCUGGCUCCGUCAAAGCGCCUGGCUGUGGGAAUUAGCCAAAGCUUUAUGCCUCGAGCCAGGCGGCUUUGGGGGUCUGUCAGUGCACGUCAGCGGAACUGCCCUGGUGUGAAGAUGGGCAUUUUCUGCCAGCUGGUGGUUUCACCCCAGCCCCGUUUUUGGGGGUGGGUGCGGGGAGAUGGAACAAGGCUUGGGAGAGCUGUGUGCCUCAGCCAUUGGUUUCUUUAUUAAAUAAAAGUUCUGUUGAGAGUUU